AUGGCGGGGGCAGUUCCUGCGCGCAAAUUUCGGCCAGUUACACAUCUGAUAUUUGACCUGGACGGACUUCUUCUGAAUACUGAAGAUUUAUAUACCGAUGUGUUUGAAGAAAUAUGCAGUCGCUAUGGGAAGAGAUACAACUGGGAUGUUAAGUCCCUGGUCAUGGGGAAGAAGGCUCUAGAAACCGCACAGAUCAUAGUAGAGUUCCUGAAGUUACCCAUAUCCAAAGAAGAACUAUUGGAAGAAAGCCAGGAGAAGCUUCAGAAGGUGUUACACACAGCUGCACUCAUGCCAGGAGCUGAGGAACUGAUCCACCACCUGAGGAAACACCGCCUACCCUUUGCCCUGGCCACCAGCUCCGCGACUAGUUCCUUCGAAGCAAAGACCUCUAGGCACACAGGUUUCUUUGGUUUAUUUCGCCACAUUGUUCUCGGUGAUGAUCCUGAAGUGAUGAAUGGCAAGCCAGCCCCAGACAUUUUUCUAACCUGUGCCAAGAGAUUCUCUCCUCCCCCUAAUCCAGAAGACUGCCUAGUCUUUGAAGAUUCUCCAAAUGGGGUGGAGGCAGCCGUGACCUGUGGGAUGCAGGUCGUCAUGGUACCUCAUGAAAACCUGAGCACAGACCUAACAAAGAAAGCCACCCUGGUGCUGAGUUCCCUCCACGAAUUCAAGCCCGAACUGUUUGGUCUACCUGCCUAUGAGGAGUAA